UUUAUACUGAGCAUUUAUACUCUUUCACAAUCUUUUCUUAGGUCAAUUUAACAGAUACUUGUAUAUAUAUUGUAAUUUCGCUUGUCAAGUUUACUGUCCCUAAAAUUUGUUUUCCUAGCUCAGUCAUGUCAGUUAUAUAUUGACUUUAUUGUCAUAUAUGGGUAAAAUUAUGUAAACUUGUCCAAUUUGCUACAGUACACUUGGUACAGGUAAACCAAAUUAAGUUUUUAAAUAUCUGCAUAGAUGAUACAUUUACGAUGUCACUAUGCUUGUGUUAUUACAUCACAGUUAGAGUUGAUAGUUAAAUGAUAUUAUUUACCCUGAUUGACCAGAAAAAUAGCCUUUUAAUAAAUUUUGUAGGGAAAAAAAGGAUCCUAAAAUCACACCUCCUCUUUGCAUUAAAUUUAGUAAUGCCAAAAUAUUCAAAUGAUGAACAACAAUAAAAGCGCUGUUCCAUUGCUUUUUGUGUUUUUUGCUGUGCACAUAUGGAUUUUGUGUCAUGGAUGAAUACAUACACCAUAUCCUUUCCUUUCUAUUAAAAAAUCUCUAAAGAGGACUGGAUAUUCUCUUUAUCAUAAAUCCUGGUAGUCAGACUUUGAAGGGAAUUGAACCAAGAUUAACUUUGUGAUAUCUUUAUUCCCCCAAAAGUGAAAUUUUCUUUCAAAUUUUGUAUUAAAAUCUGUCCUCAAAUUAAGUACAUUUAUAAAGAGAGUUUAUUUCCCUUUGGCAUUCAAAAUCUUACUUCUAUUUUUUUUUUAAAUUCAUUUCUUGAAUCAUAAUCUGAUAGUGCUGGUUGGACAACAAAGCAACAAAGGGUAAAUAUGAGAUUUGAAAAAUAUAUAUAUAUAUAUAUAUAUCAAUUUCUGAGUGGCAGGAAUGAGCAUAGCUGGGAUAGGUAACUAUUUUCAGCUUCUUGAUAUAUGAUGAGGUCGAGAAUUUAAGAUGAAAUAAAUGCAUCAGCUAUUUGUCAAAUCUAUUUUAAAUUAAUUCAUGAAAUAGUAUAAUCAUGAUAGCUAUAGAUAUCAUAUCACAAGCUUGUUGGAAAAAAUCUUUAUAUUUAUAAUGAAUACUAUUAUAUGUACAUGUGUAGUCACAUUUUUGUACUUCCAGCAUUUACACUAAUAAAUAGUUCUGUUUAAAUCAACAGAUAUACAAGGUAGCUUAUCCUGACUCGUUGCUAACAAGUAAUUAAUCUCUAAACUGGUUUACCUAUGGACCAUAUCUCAGAUGGAAAUGAAUAGGAAGUGUGUCUAUCAUGUCUAUUGAUAAAUAUAAUAUACAAAAUUACAAAAUUAUAGUAAUGAGCUAACAAUAUUAAGCUCACUCUCUUUAAGACAUCUGAUAUUUGAUAUAUUAUAACAUUGCUCUCUUAUGAUUAUUAUAGUAUUAAUUAAUGGGUGUUUUUAUAAUGGCCCUGUUAUAUGUCCAAGGUCUGUUUUAGUGGUUGAGUAUACCCAUAAUGGCAUGAGGCAAUGUCAUUACAGCCUCAGAGGCCAUUAUUACUGACCAAGGACAAAUAACAGGGUCAUUUUGAAAACACCCAUUUCUUUAACACUUUUAUUAACCAAACCGUCGAUGUGUAAUAUUUAACCAAACCAAAUCAUUUUUUUUUGUGGUGAAAUUGUAUAUAUAUAAUUAUGCCAAAUGCAAUAUUAAAAAGAAAUUUUAAAGUGAUGUGAUGGAAUAUUGUUUGAUUUUGAUUGAUUUUUGGUGUUUUAACGCCACUUUUAAGCACCGCUUUUUGGCUAUUUCGUGGCGGCCAGUUUUUAUUGGUGGUGGAAGCCAUAGUGCCAGGAGAAAACCACCGACCUUCGAUAGGAAAACUGACAAUCCUAGUCAAUUAAGAUUGGAAUCGAGUGCAGCCGCACAAGCAGGGUUCGAACUCACAACCUCAGUGUUGACUGGCUAGUGAUUACAGUAGUAACUACUUAGACCACUCGGCCACCGAGGCCCUAUGUGAUGGAAUAACAUGUAAAUGUAAAUAAUAUAGUUUUAUUGUUGUCCUAUUCAAAGCAAUUUAUGGCAUACAAAGUACAAGGUUUCAUUCUGUUUUUUUAAAACUCAAAAUUAAAUAAAUUAAUACACAUCAUGGAAUGUAUUAUAAAUUGACAACUGGGUCAAAUAAGAUAAGUCAUGAUUCUUGGAAACUUUCAAUUUCUUGAUGUUUCUUUUCCCUAGAAAUGUAUUUGAAUUUAUAACAACUGAAAAUCCUUCAUAGCCCUGAUUAUUCAUAAUGGUCCUGUUUUUUCAUAAUGGCCCUGUUUAUUCAUAAUGGCCCUGUAUUAAUGCCCUGUUAGUCUGUAAUGGACUAGUUUUGCUUUUAUUAAUAAAGGGGCUGUUUCAUAUAUACAUAAAUUGAUAAUGCACUAAACUGGUUAAUAAUGUCUUAUUAUAGAAAAGAACUUGGAAUAGUUGAGCAUGAGAUAAUAUUCAAUUAAUAUUUUUGAAAAUAUUCUUAAUUGAAAUAUCUUUUUUUGUUGUUUUGCAUAGUCACAGUUUACAAAAGGUCUUCAACAGCAAGCUAAUUAAAACUAUUAUUUCCUUAGAGGACUUAAGUAGCACAAUUUUUUUUCUGGAAACAAAUAUAUUGUACAUGUUAUGCCAUGUUUUUGAUAAAUUUAGGGGUAGGGAAACUGAAUCCGUUAACAUCUCCUUCCAAAUAAAAAGUUACAGAAUGCCACUUAGCAUCAAAGGUUUAUGUGAUUACAUAUAAUAGUAUAUGUGUUGAACUGCUUUGUAGGCAUUGACAACUGGCAGCAUCCCAGGGUUUGUAGAUGUAGUUAUGAACUUUGGUUCUUCAUCCUUGACAGAGGACAAUGUCAUGACACAAAUGAAGCAUCAUGGGAAAAGGAUGGUAUUUUAUGGAGAUGACACAUGGCUUAAUCUAUUUCCUGACCAUUUUGUCAGAUAUGAAGGGACAACUUCAUUCUUUGUAACUGACUAUACAGAGGUUGAUAAUAAUGUGACACGUCACCUUGAAAAAGAGCUCUCUGAACUUGAUUUUGAGGUGAUGGUAUUACACUAUCUUGGACUUGACCACAUAGGACACAUAGCUGGUCCUUUCAGUCCACUCAUAGGUCCAAAACUAAAAGAAAUGGAUGAUAUUAUUAGAAACAUUUAUCAGGAAUUGAGUAAGAAGGAUGUACCCAGUUUAGUCAUUGUUUGUGGUGAUCAUGGUAUGAGUGACCAGGGUGGACAUGGAGGAGCUACUGAGAGUGAGAUAAAGGUACCAGUUAUAUUCCUUAGAACAGGAGUAUUAAGUCCACAGAAGAAAAAGAGAGAUAUUCCUGAUCGUGAAAUUGAACAAAUUGAUUUAGCACCAACAUUGUCCCUACUGUUAGGAACACCUAUACCAAAGAAUAAUCUGGGAACUGUAGUAACAGAUGUAUUUACUGGUUAUAAUAUACAGCAGAAGCUUGUAGCAUUGAUGGUCAAUGGUCUCCAGGUAUCAGAAGUUUUACAACAUAAUGUUGCAGACUAUGAAUUAGAUAAAGGUUAUCUGUUGUAUACCAGAACACACAAAUCAUUUUUAACAUGGAUUAACAGCAACAUGUCAAUAGCUGUGAGUCUAGAACAAGGAUUAUCAUUGAGGAAACAGUUUGAAGAUUCUAUAAGACUGAUGUCAUCAAAAGUGUCAUCAUCGAUUACGCAGUAUGACCUUUAUGGAUUGGUGGUUUCUAUUGUUAUGCUCUGGUUGAUUUUAUUUACAUUAGUCUCCAUGGACAGACACAACAGACAAGAAUGGUUUUCAUGGCAGGCGUUCCUUAUUGUAUUGCUCAUUGGUACAUUUGGUCACAUGACAGUUUGUACAAGUGAUUGGAUUCAUAGUGACCUACUUUGUGAUUCAACGGUCGCAUCAAGAGGAAUUCAGCUAAGCAUGCUGGGAAUAUUUGCUGUGAUGAUGACCUGUGUUAUAUACUCAAUUGUUGGUGGCUCUGUACUUAUCACCUUAUUUUCAACUUUUAAGGCAAUUUGCAGAGGAGGAAGUAUAUCUAUAUUGUUAAAGACUGGUACAGUUAUACACACCUUAAGUUUAUUAUCUAGCAGUUUUGUAGAAGAGGAACAUCAAACAUGGUAUUUUUUCAUAGUAACCAUUCAUAUUCUGAUUAUUAAAAAUAUGUUUGAACAGAUUUUUCAGUCAAAACAUGACAAAAAUUUAAACACUUCUCAAAAAGAGAGCAGUCAAUAUGAAACUGAACCUGUUAAAUAUGACCUAAAAAGAGAUUCAUUGAAAGAAUACCAGUUGCUGAAUAAUGAUAAUAAUGUGGAGAGAGAUUUUAGAGAAAUCCAGCUGCUCCAUUCCAAAAUAUACCAUAAUAAAAACAGUUGUAUCAACGAAAAGCAAGUAUGUAUAUCAAGGAAAGAUCCCAUUCCAUCAAGGAGAAAUAUUGCCAUGGUGAUAGUGGUCUUGUGUUUGUGUCGUCUGAUGAGAAGUUGGAACCAGACUGGAAAUAAAUGGCUGAACAAUCCUGACAUUGGUGAUUGGUUGAUCAGACCAGAGAAUGUAUAUUUGUUGUCAGUUAUAGUGGCUGUGUCCAUAUUAGUAGUGUUCCUGUGUAAAAUGAUGUGGAUGAGUAUUGUACAACAGUUUAUCUAUAGUAUAGGACUAGUGUGUGUCUAUCUUCACAAAUCUGCCAAUGGAUCCCUAGUUCAGAUUUUAUCUCCGUCCGAUAAAAAUGGAUGUUUAGAAGCACAGAUAGUGUACAUAUCUUUACUGUUGUACAUUUUAGUAUCGGUGUGGAAAAAAUUUCAACAAGACAAAGAAAAAUAUUAUAAAAUUUCUUCUGAAGUACAUACAGCAUUUAUUUUAUUACUGCUGGUUUUGUCUAGACCUCAUAACAUUAUAUUGGUUGCCAUGAUGGUUGUACAAGAUCUUUUGAUAGAGUUGUAUAUCUGGCCAACUUUAAACAAAAAUUCUAUAUCUGACUGGACUUUAUAUUUUCUCUGGAUGGGCCAAGGAACAUUUUUUUAUCAGGGAAAUUCUAACAGCAUUUCUACGGUGGAUGUGUCAGCAGGUUACAUUGGUCUCCAUGAUUACCAACCUAUUAUAGUGGGAUGCUUGUUGACCGUGUCAUCAUAUGGUGGAAUUAUUUUCUGGAUGUUGUCAUUGUUAAAACUUAUGUAUUUGAAAAGUCAUCAUUCUAAAGACAAAGACAAUAAGUCAACAAUUAGAAGGUUGAAGAACAGUUUGAUGGAAUGUGUCCAUGUUGUAUGUCUGUUCAGAGCACUUCCUUUAUCAGUCUACACCGUAUUAGUGACAUUUAUGAGAUAUCAUCUGUUUGUAUGGACAGUCUUUUCACCUAAACUUUUGUAUGAAGGCAUGUUAACAGUUGUAUUGUCUGUGAUAUCCUUUAUUCUGUUAUUGUGCAAUAUCAUUUUAUAGAUGAAAAAUAUAUGCCAUUUAUUAAUUUUAAAGGUGAAAAAUAUAUGCCAUUUAUUAAUUUUAAAGGUGAAAAAUAUAUGCCAUUUAUUAAUUUUAUAGAUGAAAAAUAUAUGCCAUUUAUUAAUUUUAUAGAUGAAAAAUAUAUGCCAUUUAUUAAUUUUAUAGAUGAAAAAUAUAUGCCAUCAUUUUUACCAUUCUAUUUAUUUGUUGUUUCAAUACAGUGUACGAAGUUUGCGUGCCAAUAAUUCUUGUAUGAUUUGCAUAAUGAGGAAUCCUUUAUAUUCAUUAAUUACAGACUUUCAACUAGUGAUAUUUGUGGCAGGUUUUUUUCUGUAGACUAUAUACUGAACUACUUUUGUUACCAAAAAAGACAACAUGUUGGCUUGAAUUACAUAAUACACAUGGGAUCCUUAAUUGGAAUGUCCCACCCUCUAAAAUAUCAAUCAUAUUGACAAAUUACUUAUUAACAUCAGUCUUACAUGAUUAAGCAGAAAACUUUGCUACACAACCCAAUACACAAUUCUUGACCUCAUUAAUGAAUACACAAAUGUAUAAUGUUAAAUGUUUUUAAAUGUAUAUAGAAAUUAUAGAUGUAAUCAUUUAUCUAUUUCUUUUGAUCUACACUUGUAAAUUAUGCCUGAAAGAUAAAAAUGAUGAACAA